CAACAUUGAUGAUGGCUGCAUCAACUCCACCAGCUACAAUCCCAAGUACUCUGUUUGAUGUGUACCGGCAGUAUAAGACCUCCACAGAAGUGGUGCUCAAGUGGCUGGGCGACAAUGAUGCCAUCACAUCGCGGUCAGGUGUCACUGUCAAUCGAUUGCAAAGUGCUGCGGAGAGCGUUUAUGCCAACACUAUCCAAGUACCAGAGGCGAUCUAUCGCGCAUUUCGAGAGAGUGUUGCGAAGAGACGGAAGGUGACAAAUUGGUUUAUGUCCGCGGAGCUCAGCGCUGGGGGAGAGAUGAGCCAAACCACACUCAAUCAUAUUCGUUUCACCGAGAAGUUGGAAAAAGCAUUCUUAACUCUAUUCCCAAACGGAAAAGGAGUAUGGUCUCGCAGGCCACUUGGCAAGGGUGAGAAUGAAGCUGCCGCAAAUGAGUCCCGCAGUCGCUUUGAGAGGUUAAGUGAUCGGGUACUUGAUCCGAUCCAAGCUCCAAACAUCGAAGAGGAUGAACAGGCUGAAGAGGAUGAAGAGGAUGUAGAGGGGGCGCUGGGUCCGCCACCACCUGCCUCUGCAAUGGAGGCUCUGGCGAUAUCGGAGACUUCAACACUUGGAGACGAUCCGCUUACCUCACUCAUACGGAUCCAUCUUUUGUUGCGAGAAUUGGAUUCUAUCUGCGAGAAAGUCAAAAUAUAUUCGGAACAAACCUCCGAUGGAACUUUGCCACUUCCAUUCGCUGCAUGGCUUACAAACGCUGCUUACGAGGCUGCAAAGAGGUUGUGUGCGGAGUUGAUUGACAUUGAUAAGGAUGCCCAAGAACAUCAAGAUGUCUACAUCGGCGUUGUCAACCGGUUCGACAUUGUCUUCACCUCAUUCUCACCUGUCUCCAAGUUCAAUGAUUUUACGCAAGGACGUGGGAUGACAUUUCCUUGGAUAGCUAUCGCUCAUUUCAAACUUGAGUGGAAGGGGGAGCAACCCCCUCCCGCAAAAAGCGAUUGGCAAGAUCCUCUCAAGUGCAUCUCCUCAACAUACAAGGAGGAGGAUGGCGUCUCGUUCAGCAAAGAUUUGGACGCUUAUAAGUUCAUCCUUACUUCUAUCGGACAGCUAUUGAGGAAAGAAAACUAUGAAAGCCCGGAGUCAGGCUUCACCCCAUCGGAUAUGAAUCCGUUACUUUCCGAUAUCUCGGCUUUUCUAGAGAGUCCGAGCGAGAAUCCCAACCUCAGCUUAGUUUUUGGUCUCCAUCUGCUUCUCGAGGCAUAUCGAAGCUUUAUCUGGAAUACCAACGCCGCCACAAAAAUCAAUUGUCGUCUUCAAGCACUGCGUUUCGCAAAAGAUAUGAAAGAGAUGGUACAAAAAGCAUUGCCUCAGAGUGGUGACCCUAUGGUUCGCAAAAUACUGGUGGUGGAUGCGUCAUAUUUGGACGAAUAUCUUGCCGAGAACCGCUUUGAUCUAUACUAUCAGUCUCCAUGGACAGCAGGAUUUCAUAUGUGUGAAAUCCUCCAUUAUUCCAUUGAUGCAGGUUUACGGCUCUUCAAUAGCGGAGGACGUGUCGGUGCAGUUCUGCAUAUCUACAACGCCCUCCGCCAAUUGAAGUUUAUUGCUGCCAUCCCUCUGCUUGAUGAUUUAUGCGAGGUGUUUCGGCGAGAAAUAUUUCUUGGUUCACUCCCAACGGAGAAUUUCAGCUCGCAUUUCCGCCGUUUCCUGGGUGGCACUGUGCAAUCAGAGGCGAGCCAGACAUUAACGAAAAUUUUAUUGGAUUUGGUGGUCCCCUGUAUACUUCGAGAAGUGGACGACGACGUUCUCAUCGCUCUGGUUCUGCGAGGCGCCACAGGUUAG